CCUGGAGUGCGCGGUCCCUCCGCCUCACUCCCCUGGCCCAACCAUGCGUCUGCCCCGCCACCUCCUGCUGGCCUUGCUCCUGGCAGGGCCCCCAGGCCGGGCCUGGGUCCCCAACGACUGCAGGGCCCCCAGCGAGGCCGCGUGCAACUUCGUGUGUGACUGCCCAGACUGCUCCGACGAGGCCCAGUGCGGUUACCACGGGGUCUCGCCCGCCCCGGGCGCCCCCUUCGCCUGUGACUUCGAGCGAGACUCCUGCGGCUGGCGGGACAUCAGCACCUCAGGCUACAGGUGGCUGCGAGACCGGGCAGGAGCCACACUGGAGCCUCUGGGGCCGCGCUCAGACCACACUCUCGGCACAGACCUCGGCUGGUACACGGCUGUUGGCACGCACCGCGGGAAAGAGGCGUCCACGGCAGCCCUGCGCUCCCCUGUCCUGCGCGACGCCGCCCCCACCUGUGAGCUGAGGCUCUGGCACCACACGGCCACCAGAGAUGUGGCUGAGCUGCGGCUGGAGCUGACCCACAGGGCCGAGACGCUGACCCUGUGGCAGAGCUCUGGGCCCUGGGGCCCAGGCUGGCAGGAGCUGGUGGUGGCCACUGGCCGCAUCCGGGGCGACUUCUGGGUGACCUUCUCUGCCACCCGAAAUGCCACCCACAGGGGCACCGUGGCCUUGGACGACGUGGUCUUCCGGGGCUGUGGGCUGCCCACCCCCCAGGCACGCUGCCCCCUGGGGUACCACCACUGUGGGAACAUGGCCUGCGUGGAGCCCCACCAGCUGUGCGACGGAGAGGACAACUGUGGGGACGGCUCAGAUGAGGACACGCCCACCUGCCGCCGCCACACGGCCACCGACUUCGAGACGGGCCUGGGCCCGUGGAACCACUCGGAGGGCUGGGCCCGGAACCACAGCGCCGGCCCCAGGCCGCCAGCCUGGCCGCGCCGGGACCACAGCCGCAAUAGCGCGCAGGGCUCCUUCCUGGUCUCCGUGGCCGAGCCCAGCGCCCCCGCUGUCCUCUCCAGCCCCGAGUUCCAAGCCUCAGGCCCCCACAAGUGCUCGCUUAUCUUCUACCACUACCUGCACGGGUCUGAGGGUGGCUGCCUCCAGCUGUUCCUGCAAAUUCAGAGCCCAGGCUCCCCUCAGGGCCCCGUCCUGCUGCGCAGGCGCCACGGGGAGCUGGGGGCCGCCUGGGUCCGAGACCGGGUCGACAUCCAGAGCGAGCACCCCUUCCGGAUUCUGCUCACUGGGCACACAGGCCCAGGCGGUGUCGUGAGUUUGGAUGACCUCAUCCUGUCGGACCACUGCCAGCCAGUCCCAGAGGUGUCUGGAUCACCUCUUGGGCUCUGGGCCGCAGCCCCCUGGCGCCAGCCGUCCAGCCUGCGGCCCCGGGACUUCUGCGAGCCGGGACAUCUUUCCUGCGGGGACCUGUGCGUCCCCCCAGAGCAGCUCUGUGACUUCCAGCAACAGUGCGAGGGGGGCGAGGAUGAGCAGGACUGUGGCACCACGGACUUCGAGCCCCUCACAGCGGGGGGCUGGGAGGAUGCCAGCGUGGGGCGGCUGCAGUGGGGGCGUCUCCUGGCCCAGGAGAGCCGGGACCCUGGCGCAGGCGCCCGCAGGACCGCUGCUGGGCACUUCCUGGCCCUGCAGAGGGCCUGGGGACAGCUCGCGGCAGAGGCCCGGGUCCUCACACCUCCCCUGGGUCCCUCGGGCCCCCGCUGUGAGCUCCACAUGGCUUACUAUUUCCAGAGUCACCCCCAAGGCUUCCUGGCCCUGGUCGUGGUGGAGGACAGCAACCGUGAGCUGGUGUGGCAGGCCCCGGGCAGCAGCCAGGGCUGGAGGAUGGACAGAGUCCUUCUUGGGGCACGCCGCCGGCCUUUCCGCCUGGAGUUUGUCGGCCUGGUGGACUUGGACGGCCCUGGCCGGCAGGGCGCUGGAGUGGACGAUGUGACCUUGAAGGACUGCAGCCCCGUGACAGCCACUGAGAAGGACUCAGAGGUCUCCUGUAACUUCGAGCGGGACACGUGCGGCUGGUACACCGGCCACCUCACAGAUGCCCACUGGCGCCGGAUCCAGAGCCACGGCCCCGGGUACGACCACACCACAGGCCGAGCUCAGCCCGGUGUCCCUGCCGCAGGCUACUUCUUGCUCCUGAACCCCACGGACCCCCCAGCCCGGGGCCCUGGUGCCCACCUGCUCACCCAGCCCCAGGUGCCCACAGCUCCUCAGGAGUGCCUCUCCUUCUGGUAUCACCUCCACGGGCCCCAGAUCGGGACACUGCGCCUGGUGCUGAGGCGGGAAGGAGAGGCAGACACGCUCCUGUGGUCACGGACCGGCACCCACGGCAACCACUGGCAUGAGGCCUGGGCCACCCUCCACCACCAGCCGGGCUCUGGCACCAAGUACCAACUGCUGUUCGAGGGCUCCCGGGACGGCUACCACGGCACGAUGGGCCUGGACGACGUGGCCCUGCGGCCCGGGCCCUGCUGGGCCCCCAGGCGGUGCUCCUUUGAGGACUCAGCCUGUGGCUUCUCCAGCGGGGGCCAAGGCCUCUGGACGCGCCAGCCCAAUGCCACGGGCCAUGCCGUCCGGGGCCCCCGCGCUGACCACACCACGGGGACGGCUCAAGGGCACUACAUGGUGGUGGACACGAGCCCCCAGGCCCUGCCCCCCGGCCACGUGGCCUCCCUGACCUCAGAGGAGCACCAGCCUCUGGCCCGGCCUGCCUGCCUGACCUUCUGGUACCACCUGAGCCUCAGAAACCCAGGCGCCCUGCAGGUCCACGUGGGGGAGGCCGAGAGGCAGCAGGUGCUCAGCAUCAGUGCCCACGGAGGGUCCGCCUGGCGCCUGGGGAGUGUGGACGUGCAGGCCGAGAGGGCCUGGAGGGUGGUGUUCCAGGCGGUAGCCACCGGCGUGGAGCACUCCUAUAUCGCGCUGGACGACCUGCUCCUCCAGGACGGGCCCUGCCCUCAGCCAGCUUCCUGUGACUUUGAGGCUGGCCUGUGUGGCUGGAGUCAUCUGGCCUGGCCUGGCCUGGGAGGAUACAGCUGGGACUGGAGCAGUGGGGCCGCACCUUCCCGCUACCCCCAGCCCCUGGUGGAUCACACUCUGGGCACAGAGACAGGACACUUCGUGCUCUUUGAAACCCACAUGCUGGGCCCGGGGGGCCAGGCAGCCUGGCUGCACAGCCAGCCUCUGCCCGCCACCGAGGCCUCCUGCCUCCGCUUCUGGUACCACAUGGGCUUCCCGGAGCACUUCUGUGAGUGGGGCCGGGCCGGUAGCGACGGGUGCUGGAAGCGGCGAGGGCGGAUGGGGGCAGCCCUGCCCCACCGGGCUGGGGACCUGAGCCGCCCCGGCCCCCUUCUUGCAGACAAGGGCCAGCUGCGGGUGCUCCUGAACAGCGCCCGGGGCCAGCUGGCCGUGUGGAGCAUGGGCGGGCGCCUGCGGCACCAGUGGCUGCUGGGCCAGGUGGAGGUGGCCAGCGCAGAGGAGUUCCAGAUCGUGUUUGAAGCCACUCUAAGCGGCCAGCCAGCCGCGGGGCCCAUCGCCCUGGACGACGUCGAGUAUCUGGACGGACGGCACUGCCAGCUGCCUGCACCCGGCCGGGGGGACACGGUAGUGGCCACAUCGGUGCCAGCCGCGGUCGGCGGUGCCCUCGUCGUCCUUGUCCUCCUCGUCCUGCUAGGACUGGCAGGACGACGCUGGCUGCAGAAGGGGGGCUGCCCGUCGCGGGGCGAGACAGCGGCCGUGGCCCCCGGCUUUGACAACAUCGUCUUCAAUGCGGACGGUGUCACCCUGCCGGCCUCGCUCACCGACAGCCAGUAGAUGACGCAGAGAAGACUCUGGCUCCUCACAAGAGGGUCGCCCCCCGCCCCCUUCCCCCAAUCCCUGGCAGACAGAGCCCAAGGAACAACCCCUGCCCCUCCCCCAGGACGCACUGAGCCCCCACGCGGUCACCCAGCACCGAGACUGCCACCCGCGUGCCUGGGUACGGUCCUCACCCCAACAAUAAACGCCCUGGCCCCCGAGGGCAGCCCC